GCUAAAAGAACGGUCAUGAGCCAAGGAGCCAUCUUAACGGACGCGAACGGUCGCCAGGAGGCUGGAGAUGAUCGACGGAGGCGCAGGGUGGCGAUCGUGGGAGCUGGAUUGGUGGGCUCUUUGGCGGCCCUAAACUUUGCCCGCAUGGGUAACCACGUGGAUUUGUACGAGUACCGCGAGGAUAUCCGGCAUGCGUUGGUGGUUCAGGGCAGGAGCAUCAACUUGGCAUUGUCUCAGCGAGGUCGCCGGGCUCUGGCAGCCGUGGGUCUGGAGGAAAAGGUCCUGGCCACUGCCAUACCCAUGAGGGGCCGCAUGCUGCACAAUAUCAAAGGUAUUACCAGCGUGGUCCUGUAUGAUCCUUGCAACAAUCAGUGCCUAUACUCUGUGGGUCGCCGGCAGCUAAACGAGGUCCUUUUGGACGCCUGCGAUAAGUUCCCGAAUAUCCAGUGUCACUUUGAGCACAAGCUGACGGCGGCCAAUCUUCGCGAGGGUUCCAUGGAGUUCCGGAAUCCCAAAGAUGAGGUUAUAUCUGCCGGUGCGGACCUGAUUGUGGGCUGUGAUGGUGCCUUUAGCAGUGUUCGACAGCAAUUGGUCCGCCUGCCGGGCUUUAACUACUCCCAGGAGUACAUCGAAACCGGAUAUUUGGAACUGUGUAUUCCCUCCAAAUUGGGUGACUUUCAGAUGCCUGCCAAUUACCUACACAUUUGGCCACGUGACUCCUUCAUGAUGAUUGCGCUGCCCAAUCAGGACAAGUCUUUCACCGUCACCCUUUCCAUGCCAUUUGAGGUCUUCGCCACAAUUCAGAGCAAGGAGCAACUCUUGGAUUUCUUUAGGAAAAACUUCCAGGAUGCCCUGCCGCUCAUCGGAGAGGAGCAGCUCAUCAAGGACUUCUUUAAGACACGGCCACAGCAUCUGGUGUCCAUCAAGUGCCGACCCUAUCACUAUGCGGACAAGGCUCUGAUCCUGGGCGAUGCCGCUCAUGCCAUGGUUCCGUACUAUGGCCAGGGAAUGAACGCUGGAAUGGAGGAUGUAACGCUGCUCACCGGAAUUCUGGACAAGCAAUUGCCGCUGGACCAGGCACUGGCCCAGUUCACCGAAUCUCGCUGGCAGGAUGCCUUUGCCAUUUGUGAUCUGGCCAUGUACAACUAUGUGGAGAUGCGUGACUUGACCAAACGCUGGUCCUUCCGGCUCCGAAAGUGGCUGGAUACGAUGCUCUUCCGUCUAUUUCCCGGCUGGAUACCGCUCUACAAUAGCGUGUCCUUUUCCAGUAUGCCUUACAGUCAGUGCAUUGCCAACCGGAAGUGGCAGGAUCAGCUGCUAAAGCGUGUUUCCGGUGCCACUCUAUUCGGCUUGAUCCUGGCCGCAGGAGCUAUAUAUGCAAAGCGUUUUAUUUAAGAUGGAAUUUAGAAAAUACAUGCAAAGAGUUUUAUACAAUUUUCUAACAAAUCUGAUGAUGAAAUAUUUGCCCGCAAGAGUAUGCUCUAAAAAUUAACAAAUAUAUUUUACUUUAGUGUUUUGCGAGCUUUUAAACUACCAGUAAAGAGAAUGAAUAUAUAGAUGCAAUGUAUAA